CCCUUGUCUCCAGCUCUCGAUCUGUUUGUAUAUUAAUAACCUCCCUCUUCUUCCUUCACUCUAAUUACACACAAUUACUAAUUAACAGUUACACUUAACGAAGUUCAGCCUUUGUAGCAACAAUGACGCCUUCUCCUACGAGCCAAGGCAUCCUGGAUAGCAUCCAAAAUGUUACUCCCGACAUGGAAAUAGCCUAUGCUGGAUUCGAUACAUCGGAUGAAGAAUUAAUAGACCAACUUGUGCCGGACUUCCAGCCGGGAGGACCUCUUGCGCCAUACAGACAAAAGGCUUCAUUCAACUGGAAAAAGAUGAUGUUUUUCUUAGAUGGAAAGUCUGUUAUCAAAUUUAAGAACACAGUGUUUGAAACGUUGGAACAAGAUCCCCUGUUUGAUCGAUCACAGGAAGUUGAUAAAUCCCUUGAAGAGCUAAGGGAAUUGUCAUUUCUUCGAGUUCGGCGCCUUUUUGAAUAUAAUUUUCUCUCUGAUGAACUCCUCUUUAAAAAUCCGCUCUUUGCCUGGAUAAUGAUUGGGUGUAUCCUGAUGUAUGACACUGCUCUCUCACACAAAUACCAGCUCAACGUAAAUAUGUUUGCUGGAGUUAUUCAAGCAAGUGGAACUGCCAGACACCAGAGUUUUGUGGAGAAAUGUAAAAAAUUUGAAAUAUUUGGUUGUUUUGCCCUCACUGAGAUGGGUCAUGGCAGUAACACAAGAGCCAUACAAACUGUGGCCACCUAUCAACCCUCAACACAGGAAUUCAUACUGAACACACCACAAUUGGAAGCUACUAAAAUGUGGGUUGGUAACCUUGGUAAACAUGCAAGCCAUGCUGUUGUCUAUGCUCAGUUGCACACUCCAGAUGGUGUGAACCAUGGACUUCAUACUUUUGUUGUUCCAAUCAGAGAUGUACACACAAUGAAAGCAUUACCUGGAGUUCUGGUUGGUGACAUGGGACAUAAAAUUUCAAUUAAUGGCCUCGACAAUGGGUUUGUUUCUUUCAACAAUGUGAGAAUACCGCGGGAAAACUUACUCAAUAAGAGUGCAGAUGUCACUGUAGACGGACAGUAUGUGUCACCAUAUAAGAAAAGCAAACGGUUCAGCAUUUCCUUGGCUGUUCUUUCAAACGGUCGAGUUGCAAUCACUGGGUUUGGAGCAACACUCUUGAAGAUGGGGUUGACUAUUGCAAUACGUUAUUCAGCUGCACGGCGCCAGUUUGGACCAAAGGAAGAUGAAGAAAUACCAAUUCUAGAAUACCCAUUACAACAAUGGCGCUUACUUCCAUAUUUGGCUGCUAACUAUUGUCUGGAACACUUUAGUAAAUCUCUUUUUAGUGAACUUGUAAAAGUUCAUGUUGGACACAUGUUUGGGGACCAAAGUGAUUACAUGUGGGGAUUAAUCCGUGAAAUACAUGCGCUGUCAUCUGCUAGCAAACCUCUGGGAAGCUGGUUAGCUCGAGAUGGACUUCAAGAGUGCAGAGAAGCUUGUGGUGGAAAUGGCUAUCUUGCUGUGAAUCGUUUAGGAGAAUUACGAGGCAGUAAUGACCCAAACUGUACAUAUGAAGGAGACAACAACGUCUUAUUACGUCAGACAAGUAAUUAUCUUCUCAGUCUCUUUGAUGAGAAACUCAAGAAUCCAGCAACAAUCAUCAGUUCUCCUAUAAAGUCUGUUGAUUUCAUUAAUGAUUAUGAACAAAUUCUUCAAACUAGAUUUGAAGCUAGAUCUAUAGAAGACUGCAAGAAUCCCCUGAUAUCCUUACAUGCCUAUCAAUGGCUAGUCUGCAAGUUGCUGGUGGAGUGCAAUGACAAGAUCAGAAUGGAGUCUGAACUUCAGAGCUGCAUGUUUGAUGCCAUAAAUAACAGCCAAGUGUACCAUUGUCGCAGCCUGUCACUGGCCUACAUAGAACUGACUGUAAUGAAAGUGUUUUAUGAAUUUCUAAUGAGACAGCAACAAGAAUCACCCAAUAGUCAAGAAUUGAUCCACGUCCUGACGAAAUUAGUCAGCCUUUAUGGUUUAUGGAGCAUUGACAAACACAUGGCAGCAUUAUACCAAGGAGGUUAUUGUAGUGGAGAACUCCCAGUCAAGUGGAUCCAUUGUGCCAUCUUGGAAUUGUGUGGGGAACUGAAGGAUGAAGCAGUGGCUCUUGUUGAUGCUGUGGCCCCCACUGAUUUCAUUUUGAACUCUCCUAUUGGACAUUCAAACGGAGAGAUUUACAAGAAUUUGUACAGUGCCAUGACACAAGGAAAACAUGUGUUUGAGCGGCCAGAAUGGUGGAAAGAAUUUUCCAGUCCUAUUACUGUUGGUUCUUUACCAACAAAGAGCAAACUGUGAUGAUGUUGACGGGGGCCAUUGCUUGCUGUUAUAUUAACACAGAAAUAUUGUUAAACCCAAGAAAUAUAUAUUUUUUAUGACCUGUUCUUCAAAUUUUACUUUGUUAAACUAAAUAUAUUGCUUAUUGUCAUCAACAGAUCUUGUUUUAAAUUCUUAUUAUUGUUUUCAGUCAUUAGCCAUACUGGAGCACCGUCUUUGAGGUGUUUCAGUUGAUUAUUGUUGUGAAGUAAACUUAUUAACUAUAUGGCCUUGAUAGGUUUUUAUAAAUAAUUUAUAAAUCAUUAUUGAACCAACUCACCACCAAACAAAAAAAUGUAAAAUUUUUUAAAUGAAGUGCACUUCUAUUUUUUUUUUCAUAAUUUUUAUUCUUUGAUAAUUUUAAUAUUAAAUAAUAAAAGAUUUAGUGGGAUUUUGAUAAAUUAAUUCAAGUUUCACCUGGAGGUAGACCAGUAAGGAGUAACCUCUUUGACUCCACCCCACUAAUAACCAACCACUUGUCCUCACUGAAACUGUUCUAAACACCCACCCCUUUCACACAUUAAGUCUUGUCUACAGUUGAUAUCUGUUAGAUAUAGCAUUACUAUAACCCAAAGGUUUCUGGUUCAAUUUUUAGUUAUUGUUGUUAAUUCUUCUCUUGACACCUGGCCCCACCAUGUACUAUGUAAAUUACUUUCUUUAUAAAAGAAUCAUCACCUGUAAUUUCUCAUUUCUAUCUCAUGAAAUCAAAUGGCCGAGAGGCUAAUGCAGGGGUCCCCAAACUUUUUAGAUCAUCAACCCCUUCAUGGAAUCCUUGAGCCCUCAUCGACACUCCCAAGCAUGUACAAGAAGAUAAAUAGAUAAUAAUUAAGUAGAUGUGCAUUUAUCAACCCCUUGAAUAGUUCCAUCAACCCCCUAGGGGUUUGCAGGGACCACUUUGGAGACCCCUGGCCUAAUGUAUUGUAUGACUGACUCCUAUGGUUAGUUCAGUAUACCACAUUACUUUAGCAGAUCCUGGUUCUAAAGAAGGUGUAGUUUAACUGAUGUGUAACAUUCCUAAAAUGGGUCCUGGCACUAGGAAAGGCUCAGUUUAGAUGAUAUCACAUGAUAGAAAGCAAAAAAAACAGAACAAUUUAGAACAAUAAAAGAAAAAAAAAUAUUUACCUUUGAACUAAUCAUACUCUCUCUGCUUAGUGCGGUGGUGGUGGUGAUGGAGGUAGGGGUGGUGAUGAUUAUGAGAAUAUUAAUUAUUCCUAAUUUGUGCAAAUGAGUUCCCGAAUAAACACUGAACGUUAUGAGUAAAAGCACUUUGAUGUUUAACACUUUGACAUUUAAACAAGCCAGAUCCAGACCAAAUAUUCCACACUGGACAGAGCUCAGCUCUCAAACCUACCUUGCAAUGUUGUUCUAAAAAGACAAAAAAAAACAACAAUUACAUCAUUAAUUCUCAAAGCUGCGAGAUAAUGCAUGAUUAAUUAAAAACAAUUUGAAUAAAUAAGAAUUCCCUUUGACUAAUUAACUUGAGUGUUAAAGGUGUUAAAUUAAAAUUAGGUUGAUUAAUUCUUAUAUUGUAACAACAGAGUUUUUCAAGAUCUGUAAUUUUCCAAACUCCAUUCAUGUUUCCAAGUGAUUCUGUUUUCUUUGACAGUUCAGUCUUUACAAAAUCAAAAAUCUUGUAUAUUUUUCUAAUCUGUUAAAUAUAUUCAGCUUUAAAUAAAAAGACAAAAUAUAAC